UUUUGUCUCGUUUUUGUGUUAUUGAAAUCGAUAUUGUAAAACAUUACAAAAACUCGGAAACUCAUGAAUUUUAUUUAAUAAACUGAUCCAAAGGUACCCCAGUUUACUAAAUGGCAAAUGAAAUAUCGUUCGAACAGUUCUGCGAUGUCCUAGAAAAAAUAUACAACAAAAAAGGAAAUAGACCCGAGCAAGAAAGAAUCUUAUCAGAUUUUAUAACCGAAAUUAAAUCUAACGCUGCUAGCAAUAAUCAGGAUGGCAACCUCUACCCAGUGCUGCGUCUCCUACUACCAGAUCUCGAGCGCGAGAGAAGCGCUUACAACUUGAAGGAGAAGAAACUAGGCCAACUGCUGAGGAAAGUCCUCGGUCUACAUCCGUCUUCCAACUACGCCAACAAGUUGCUCAACUACAGGGGUGUCGGGAAGUGCGACGGGGGCAAUGACUUCGCGAGUGUAGCGUCCACUGUGAUAAGGAACACCCUGGGUAAUAAGGAUACGAAGUGCACACUGACUAUUCGGGAUGUUAAUGAGAAGUUGGAUCAGAUAUCUGAGGGGGACACUGAGAAUAAUAUUCUAUUCACAACCAUAGUGAAGAGCACGAACCCUACACAAGCGAAGUGGUUCUUUCGCAUAGUGCUGAAGGAGCUCCGCUUGGGCCUGGGCCGCGCCGCCGCGCUCGCCUGUCUGCACUGCGACGCGCCAGAGUACUAUGACAACUGUAGUGAUCUCGCCAAGCUAUGCGAAGAGUUAGACGAGGGUUCGUCCCGCCCUCUCGAGCAAGGCGUGCGGCUGUUCACACACGUGUGUCCGAUGAGCUCGGAGCGGCUCGACAUCACGCGCAUAGAGGCCACGCUGAGGCCGGACCGGACUUACCAUAUGGAGGAGAAGUUUGAUGGGGAACGGUUUCAGAUCCACAUGAAAGAUGGCCAGUUUAACUACCUAUCCCGUCGUGGUUUCUCGUUUGCAGACAAGUAUGGCAAGACGUAUGACUCCGGUCUGUUCACUCCCCAGUUGAAGGAUUGCUUCAAGGCUGGGGUGGACAGCUUCAUACUGGACGGAGAAAUGAUGGGAUGGCAUAUUGAAAGAGAACGAUUCGGUGCUAAAGCCAUGUACGACGUCAAAAAGCUGAAAGAAAACUCCAAAUACCGUCCUUGUUUCUUCGCCUUCGACUUACUCUACUACAAUGGCACUUCCCUGGUGGGUGCGCCGGAGCAGGGCGGGAGGCCGUUGAGAGAGCGGCUGGACCUGUUGGACAACAUGUUCACGGACUUAUCCGGAGUUAUUAUGCACAGUCGGAGAAAGAUGGUGGUGAAUAGUUCACACGUGCUAGAAGCUCUAAACCAAGCCAUCGAAGACGAAGAAGAGGGUCUAGUUGUGAAAGACACGGGCUCCUACUACAUUGCUAACAAACGGAACGCAGGAUGGUACAAAAUAAAACCUGAGUACACGGAGGGAGCGACGACGGACCUGGACCUCGUGGUGAUCGGGGCGAAGUAUGCGGCCAACAAGAGUCAUGGGUUGGCCAAGAGUUUCUUCGUGGCGUGCGUUGAUCGCGACCCAGGCUCGCCGCCGCGACGCUGGCUAUCCGUCUGCAGCGUAUCUUCAGGACUGACCCUCGAGGAGAAGGAGCGUAUCUGCAAACAACUCUCUCCUCACUGGAAGAAGGCUAGCGAAGUCCCGGUGCCCGAGUGUCUGGUGUUCGGCAGAGAGAGGCCCGAUCUGUGGGUCAUGCCCGAACAUUCUACUGUGUUUACUGUCCGCGCCACCGAGCUGGUGCUCAGCCGCGACUCGGGCACGGCGCACACGCUGCGCUUCCCGCGCGUGCAGCGAUUGCGCGACGACAAGCCGCGCGGUGACGUCAUCACGCUGGCCGACAUCAACCAACUCGUCUCUAACAAAGGAGCAGUGAUGAAGCUGAGCACACACAAAAUAGACCAAUCAGAGAUCGAGGUGGGAGCCGCGAAAGCGCCUCGGAAACGCAAAGCCAACCCUCUACAAGUCGCCGAGCAAUUCAAAACUAUAUCCAAAGAGGUUGAAGUGACUUCUGGAGCCCUGAAAGGGAGAAAAAUAUGUGUUCUGUCGGAUGAUGAGGAAUGCAGCAAGAAGGAUCUGGAAGAAAUUGUUCUGAGGCACGCGGGGAGCGUUGUACAGAAUCCGAGCCCAACAACGUGGUGUUGCGUCUACGGAACCCUCAACUUCCGCGUCCGCAACCUCAUUAAAUCCCAACAGUAUGACAUAGUCCACUCAUCCUGGCUCCGAACCCUGCCCCCCUCCGACCGCCCCUGCCCUUCCCCCGCCCCGCUGCAUCUAGUCGCCAUGUGCAGUGAGACUAGGGUCAGGCUGGCUAGGGAUUAUGACGUCUAUGGGGAUAGCUAUACAGAGGAUGUGGAUGAGGAGACGUUAAGACGGUGCUUUGAUAAGAUGGAUAGCGAUCCACCCAUUCACUUGACCACUGAAGAAAUGAUAGAACUUGACAACGAACUUUUCGAAGGAACCAAUCCGUAUUCCUUUCUAAGACCAUGCUUCAUACAUACGAAAGAUUGUAGAAGUCUAGCAGCUAUCAAAGCUCAGAUCUUUGGGGCUUCUCUAUGCAAAAUCCAGUCACCUAAUUUAACACAUAUUGUUUUAAAUGAAGAUGAAGUGAAUAAUUGUGAUCUAGAGAGUAUUAAGAAUGAUACUAAAGCUUUUGUAGUAUCGACCGAUUGGUUGGAAGAAUGCUUUGAAAGGAGAGAAAUGGUGGCUGAAUUAGAAUAUGCACUGUGAUAACUAAAGAAUAUAAUAUAAUUAUAGUACUCUAUAGUA